CCUUCUUAUUGGUUUCUCUCUCUAGACACAUCCAGGUCGUCUUGUUCGUUUUGGACCUGGUACAUGCCCACUUUAUAGUUUACACCCAUCUUCUCAAAAUUAAAAAUUCUUUCUAUAUUUUAUAACAAAUAAACCACAAAAAUAUCAAAUCCACACCCACCCCCAACAAUGGCAUAAAGGUGAUCUUCACCCACGCACUGCAAAAGGUUCCAGUGAGAAAUCAUGCAAGUUCUACCUUGUACUGAUGUACAUUAUGCGGGAGAAUCUAAUAGUCCGAAUCAAGGUUCUGAAAAAGCUUUUAUGUAUGAUGGAGGGGCAAACAAACAUGAACUAAUUCAAGAAGGAAAUACGAAAGUAGAUAAUCACGUGCUUAAUAUGGAAGCAUCUGAUGAUGAGCAAUUUGGUGAUGGUGAUUGGAAGCUUGAUGAAUCAUCACCAACCAUAGAAGGCGAUCCUAAAAGGGAGCCAUUUCAUGAGCUUGAGGUGGAUGACCAAAAGUUAUCCUCUAACAGUCGUGAUUCUGGAGUUGACAGUUUAGAUGCCGAUACUGUUGGAAGAGAAUUGCCAUCUGGGAAUCAGGAGUGCGAGUCCUCUCGUUCAGAACCCAAGUGGCUAGAACAAGAUCAACCUAUGGCUGUUUGGGUUAAGUGGAGAGGGAAGUGGCAAGCAGGGAUAAGGUGUGCAAGAUCUGACUGGCCAUUGUCAACCGUGAGAGCAAAGCCUACCCAUGACAGGAAACAAUAUCUCGUGAUAUUUUUUCCGCGAAAAAGAAAUUAUUCUUGGGCAGAUGUGCUGCUUCUUCGCCCAAUCAAUGAAUUCCCCGAGCCCAUUGCAUAUAGGUCACAUAAUGUCGGGGUGAAGGUGUUGAAAGACUUGACUGUUGCACGUCGGUUUAUCAUGCAAAAGAUUGCUGUUAGCAUGAUAAAUACCAUUGAACAGUUGAACAAUGAGGCUCUGACAGAGACUGCUCGUAGCAUGGUAGUGUGGAAAGAUUUUGCAUUGGAGGCUUCCCGAUGUAAAGAUUAUUCUGAUCUUGGGAAUAUGCUUCUUAAACUUGAAAAAAUGAUAUUGGCGCGUUUCAUAAAUUCUUACUGGCUAGAACAUUCUUUAGAAACAUGGAUGCAACAAUGUCGGAAUGCAAAUAGUGCUGAAUCUAUAGAAAUGCUGAAGGAGGAGUUAGGGGAAGCGAUUAACUGGAAUGAAGUGCACAUGCUUUCAAAUGCAACAGUGCAGGCUGAAGUGGGUUCCGAGUGGAAAACCUUGAAACCGGAAGUUAUGAAAUGGUUUUCAAUGUCAAAUCCUUCAUUCAACACUGGAGACACCGAACAGCAAAGCAACGAUGGUUUUUCCAACACAGGUCUUCAAGUUAGUAGGAAAAGGCCCAAGCUUGAAAUCCGUCGUGCUGAGAUGCAAACUCCACAGAUGGAAACUGAAGGUUCAAAUCAGUCUUUACCCAUUGAAAUUGAUUCAAGAUUUUUUAAUGGGCAAAUGGUGAAUUCCCCUAUCGGGCUUUCACGGGCUGAAGUUUCUCUUCUGGGAACAACCGAGACCAUAGAUUAUCCUAGUAGUAGCACAACGGACAGAUGGGGUGAGAUUGUCGUUGAAGCUGGAAAUAUGCAAGAAACCCGUUUAAAAAAUUUGGAAGUGAAUCCAGUAAAUAAGAAUAAACAGUGUACAGCUUUCAUUGAAGCGAAAGGAAGGCGUUGUGUUAGAUGGGCAAAUGAUGGAGAUGUUUAUUGCUGUGUACAUUUGGCUUCUCGAUUUUCUGCCAAUCUAGCAAAACCGGAGGUCAGCACUCCCCCUGUUGAUGCACAAAUGUGUGAAGGAACUACUGUUCUUGGUACCAAAUGCAAGCAUCGGUCUCUUCCUGGAUCUUCUUUCUGUAAAAAACACAGAUCUAAUAAGGAUACUGUGGUAAUUUUGCCUUCUCCACCCGAAAACAAACUUAAAAGAAAGAUAGAAGACAGGUUCCGAGACUUACCUGAGGCUAAUAGUUGCAAAGAAAUUGUGAUAUCAGGGCAUUUUGGAACUCCGCCCCCAGUGGAUACAAGCAACGGCCUUUUUCAAACCGAACAGUUGGGAAAAGAGUAUAAUGGUACUGAAACCAUUUACUGCAUUGGUGAUGGUGUUUCUUGCCGUGAAACUCCAAAACGGCAUACACUUUACUGCGAGAAACACUUGCCCAAUUGGCUGAAACGGGCAAGGAACGGAAAGAGUAGGAUCAUUUCAAAAGAAGUGUUUAUCGAUCUUCUUAAAAGUUGUCAAUCACAUGAGCAAAAGUUACAUCUACAUCAAGCAUGUGAGCUAUUCUACAAGUUCUUUAAAAGCGUUCUUUCUCUAAGAAGCCCGGUUCCGAAGGAAAUCCAGCUCCAAUGGGUGAUGUCUGAAGCUUCCAAAGAUGUAAAAACCCGACAUUUUCUAACAAAGUUGGUUUGUAGCGAAAAGGAAAGACUGAUUAGGCUUUGGGGGUUUAAUAGCGAUAAUAUUGCACAAAAUUCUUCUGCCACCGAAGAACCGGUCAAAUUUCUGAUGGCGGAUGAUAACAAAAAUAAUGUUGAAGGUAUCGUCAAGUGCAAUAUUUGCUCGGAAAAGCUUCUUGAUGACCAAAUGCUUGCCAAACACUGGAUCGACAACCAUAAAGAGGAAGCACGGUUGCUGUUUAAACGCUAUGUUUGUGCCAUCUGUUUGGAUUCUUUUACGGAAAAUAACCUUCUCGAAGCACAUGUUCAAGAACGGCACCAUGUUCAGUUCGUUGAGCAGUGCAUGCUUUACCAAUGUAUUCCUUGCAGUAGCCGUUUUGGGAAUCCGGACCAGUUAUGGUCCCACGUUCUUUCACACCAUCCCGCCAAUUUCAACCUGCCACAUGUGGUUCAGUUAGGUGAGGAUUCUUUAGAGACACGGGAUUAUACUCAAGUACAGAAUGUGAAUUCCGAUAAUCAAGAUGGCUUGCAAAAGUACAUAUGCCGGUUUUGUGGGCUGAAAUUUGAUUUGCUACCUGAUCUUGGUCGACAUCAUCAAGCUGCUCACAUGGGCUCGAUUCCUACUGGUUCUCGUGUCUCCAAAAGAGGGGUACCGUUCUACGCUAACAAACUGAAAUCUGGGAGACUUUCUCGUCCAAGAUUCAAAAAGGGUCUAGGAGCAGCGCAAUUUAAGAUACGAAAUAGGGGUGCUGGAAGCAUAAAGAAACACAUUCAAGCACCAUUCAGAGAAGUGGUAGAAGGGGAAUUUCAGUCAACUGAAUCAGUCAGUCUUGGUAGAUUGGCAGAGUUUCAAUGCUCAGAUGUUGCAAACUCACUUUUUUCAAAAAUUAACAAAACAAAACGACAUCCAGGAAAUCUCGAGCUUCUAGCCAUAGCUGGCUCUGCUUGCUGCAGAAUAAGCUUUCAAGCAUCAUUAGAGAAGAAAUACGGAAUCUUGCCCGAAAGAUUGUACCUAAAAGCAGCAAAACUUUGCAGCGAACAUAAUGUUCUAGUUGAGUGGCAUCAAGACGGGUUUAUUUGUUCUAAAGGAUGUAAAUCAAUCACAGAUUCACAUCAAUUGCCGCCUUUAAAAUCUCUUUCUGAUGGUUCUUUUAGGCCCAUGGCUGAAAUCCAUCAGCCAGCCGCCAUAACAAGCGAGUGGGCUAUGGAUGAGUGCCACUAUAUUAUUAAUUUCAACCAUUCUAGGCAAGAAUCUACUGAAAGAGCCAUUGUUUUGUGUGACGAUAUAAGUUUCGGAAAGGAGUCCGUUCCAAUUGCGUGUGUAGUGGAUGAACAUCUUUUAGGAUCGCUUCACGGGUCUGCUGACGGUGAUGAUGGUCAAACUAACGCGUGUUUCUUGCCUUGGGAAAGCUUUACUUAUGUCACGAAGCCGUUACUUGAUCAGUCUCUUGAUCUUGGAUCGCAGAGUCUACAGUUGGGUUGUGGAUGUGCACAUUCAACGUGCUCGCCAAAGGCGUGCGAUCACGUCUAUCUUUUUGAUAAUGAUUAUGAAGAUGCGAAGGAUAUAAAUGGCAAAUCCAUGAAAGGAAGGUUCCCUUAUGAUGACAAAGGUCGGAUCAUUCUCGAGGAGGGUUACCUCGUAUACGAAUGCAAUAGGAAUUGCAGCUGCGAUAAAAACUGUCCAAAUAGGGUUCUUCAAAAUGGGGUAAGAGCGAAGUUGGAGAUCUUCAAAACAGAGGAUAAGGGAUGGGCAGUAAGAGCGGGGGAACCAAUUGAUCAUGGCACAUUUGUUUGCGAGUAUAUUGGCGAGGUUAUAGAUGAGCAGGAAGCAAAUAAGAGGCGUCAAAGGUAUGUUACAGAAGGCUGUAGCUUUAUCUAUGAGAUUGAUGCUCGGGUUAAUGACAUGAUUCGGCUAAUUGAGGGGGAGGCUUCUUAUGCUAUUGACGCCACAAAGUAUGGGAAUGUAUCGCGUUACAUAAAUCACAGGUAA